AUGAUGCAAGCCAUGUCUGUGCCCGCCUCUUGCUUGUCGUCUUUCUCUUCGUGCUGCCCCUCCUUCAUCCUGUCCUCCUCCUCCCCCCUCCUUCCUCAGCCCACGCCCACGCCCGAGGCGCGGUACGUUGCUUGUCCCCCCCCCAUGGCGCCCUUGUCGGACGCCGAGCUCUGGGCCUCCCAGAUGGGGCCUCCAUGUGCCAGUACGAUUUAUAACAGCGGGCCGAUGCCGACCAUGAGGAGCGCGCGCCGCCGUUCAUCGGGAGCCUCUUUUUUUUCUCCCGCGGCGGAGCGGAGCAGAGGGGAGAGAGCGCGCCGCCAAAUCUGCGCGUUCGGCUGA